AUAAGUCUGAAGAGCGACAAAAGAAAACAAAUCAGUUAUUUUUGUGCUAUGCACUAGUGGUAAAUUUAGGAUAAAAAUUCGAUAAAAAUAAGUUAAUACUAAAUGUACAUACUGUUUUAAUUUAUAAGUUCAAGAGAGUAUUGUUUUAACAGGAAUAUGCGUAUAAUAAUUUUGUCAUUAACACUGUUAUUCUGCAGUGUGCAUAUUACACAUGCAUACGAGGAUCAGACACCAGAGGAUGAUGAUUUUGCAGAGUUUGAGCAGUUUGAGGUGGACGAUGAAGUCACGGAUGGAGAUUUCAGGGAUGAAGAUUUACCAGUGUUAAAGCCAAAAUUAUCACCUGUUAAAGACCAAUUUGAAGAUAGUAUUGAUAUAGAUGACGAUAUUAUAGUUGAGGAUGAAGACAAUGAAUUUGAACAUUUCCAAGAUCCUGAGGAGUUUGAGGGUUUCCAGGAGACAACCCCAAAAACUUCUGAACAACCCAAAAUUACAAUUUCUAAGGUUCCUAUAAUGGUGCAUCCACGCUGGGACGCAUACUGGUUGGAGGGUAUCCUGUGUUGCUUGCUCGCGUCGUACGCGCUCGCGUACGCAGUCGGACGCGCCAAGAAUGCGUCCAUUGCGACCAACUUCCUCAAGUUUCACAAGCCGCUGUUGGACGAAAACUUCACUUUAGUCGGUGAGAGCGGCCUAGACGUAGUGGCGGUGUGCGACGAGCGCGGGUGGCGCCGGGAGGCAGAGCACUGUUUCACCAUGUGGUGCAGCGGCAGGCAGUGUUGCGAGGGCAUGCUGCUCGCACUCAAACUCAUCAAGCGUCAAGACCUAGUACACGUGCUACUGGGGGUAGUGCGUCCCACACCGGACACUUUGCUGAUCCGCGUUGAGCUCAGCAAAGACGACAGCGACCCCUACGUGCUCUGCAUCGCUCAGAAGAAGUUCGCCACCCGCCUCGCCAAGGAAAUGCAGGACCUGAGCAUGUUCUGCCCGGAGAAGCGACCUGGCGACAAGCACGGGCUCCCCCCAGCGCUGUCAGUGCUGUCGGAGUGCGCUGAGGCGACGGCUGGUCUCUUGGACGCGAGGGUCACCGCCGCCCUAGAGCAGUACCACAAGCACGUUCAGUUCAUCCACGUGUCCGACCGCUACUGCGGGCCCAAGCAGAUGGAGGAAACAGUAGCGACCAAGCCUCCGGACACGGAGCGAGUUUUGCUGGUCAGUCUUGCGCUGGGCCCCGACGGCGGCGGCGACGAAGUCCGCCCACUUUUGCUUCUAGUCUUCUACCUGAUGGACAAGAUAAAACGGCUGCGGCUUAGCAAGGAGGCGUUGUCGAAAUGCGAGAAGCGUCGUCAGAAAGCAGCUGAGGCGUGGGUCCGAGGCUCUCAUGCCGCAAGGCAAGAACAAGCAGCGCUCAGGAGAGAAGAGAAAAGAAAGCAAGAGAAGGAGAAGAUUUUGGCGGAAGACGAUCCGGAGAAGCAACGCCGUUGGGAGCUGAAAGAACAAAAGCGCCAGCAAAAACGCAAAGCGCCCAAGAUGAAGCAGCUCAAAGUUAAAGCUUUGUAAGCCAUGAUGAAAUAACUCAAAUACAAUAUUAUUUAAACGGAUUUUUGUUACCUAUUCUAAGUGUUAAACAGACAGUCAUGUGAAUAAAUUGAUUUAAUUAUA